AUGUCGUCUUCGUCGCAAGCAGCCGCGCCGCGGCGGACCUGGGUGCCUGACUGCCCGGCCGACAGCCCGUUCUCGCUCGCCAACAUCCCGUUCGGCAUCAUCCGGACUCGCAACGACAACACACCACGCCCGGCCAUCGCGAUUGGCAACCAUGUGCUCGACCUGAGGGCCCUCACCCGGUCGUCCUCGUUCCCCUUUGCCGAGAUCUUCUCGUCCACCUCCUCGGACAACAACGCGAACGACGACAACGACGACGCCGAGCUCAAGCAGGCCCUCUCCUCUCCCACCCUCAAUGCCUUCGCUGCCCUAGGCCGCCCCGUCCACAGGCGCGUCCGCACCGCCCUGCAAGCCCUCCUGGAAACCGACACCCCGCACGCCACUGCGCUCCGGGACAACGCCGCCCUGCGGGAGGAGGCCCUGCUGCCCAAGACCACCGUGCGGAUGAACCUGCCCAUGUCGAUAGGCGACUACACCGACUUCUACGCGGGCUACCACCACGCCUACGCGGUGGGGUGCAUGUUCCGGGGCCCCGAGAACGCGCUGCAGCCAAACUACACGCACCUGCCCGUGGGCUACCACGGGCGGGCCUCGAGCAUCGUCGUCAGCGGGACGCCCAUCUCCCGCCCCAAGGGCCAGAUCCUCCUGGACCCGGCCGCGACUGGGCCCAAGAAGCCCGUCACAGGCCCCUGCAGGCGGCUGGACUUUGAGCUGGAGCUGGGGUGCCUGAUCUCGCGGCCGAACGCGAUGGGCGAGGCGAUCAAGGUCGACGACGCGGACGAGGGCCACAUCUUUGGCUACGUCCUGCUCAACGACUGGAGCGCCAGGGACAUACAGAGCUGGGAGUACGUGCCCCUGGGACCCUUCAACAGCAAGAACUUUGGCAGCACGCUGAGCCCCUGGGUCGUGCUGGCGGACGCGCUGGAGCCUUUCCGGUGCCACGGCGUGGAGAACCCGGUAGUGCGCAACGAGGAGGAGACGGGGGGCUUGCAGGACUAUCUGAGGGAGAAGGUGGCUUCGACUUCGGUGCCUGGGGCAAGAGGUGGCAUGUUUGAUAUCCGGUUGGAGGUUGAUUUUAUCACACCCCAAGGCGACACCACGACCAUCGGCAAGACGUCGGCCAGCCAGCUCAUGUGGUCGUUCCCGCAGAUGAUUGCGCACCACACGCUCGGCGGGUGCCCCCUGCGCACGGGAGACCUGCUCGGGUCCGGCACCAUCAGCGGGCCUGGUGCCCGGGAGAAGGGCAGCCUGCUGGAGAUGACGGAGGGCGGGAAGAAGGAGAUUAUGCUGGCGGGCAUGGAGGUGCGGACGUUCCUCAAGGACGGGGACGCGAUUGUGCUGCGGGGGGACUGUGGCGCCGGGGUGGAGUAUGGCAGGGUCGGGUUCGGGGAGUGUGUUGGCAGGAUACAGACUGGGUUGCCGUGA